GGACCAGAGGUUACGAGAGGAGGAUGUAGCUAAGAAUUAAAAGUCAACAACUUUGAAUUAAAGUUAUCAUAGUGCAGGGUCAGAGAAAUUCUUUGAGAAGCUUAAGUGUGGUUUUUGUCAACAUACCAGCAGAGGUGCUGAAAAUAGCAGCUACAAGGUUAUCUUGGGAAAACAAAGGAAUUGAACAAGUUCAAAGAAUGUGUGCCAGUUAGGAGUCCUGAAGACGAUGAAGCUUUUAUCUCUUAUCUCAGACCACUUGUUGCUCUGUGUCUUCCUGAGUCUACUUUGGGAUACAACUGACUCCACUACAACAAUCACAGCGACAGUGACAACAACAGUAACAGCAGGACAGCAAAGUACAGCCAAAACAGAAACAACCACAAGACUAACAACCAAUCUGCUGACAGCUACAACACAGAAGCCCACUCCACUGGAUCCUACAAUACAAACAACCUCUCCAACAACUCAAACAACACAAAAAUUUACUUCACUGGCUCCUACAACACAAACAACCUCUCCACCAACUCAAACAACACAAAAAUUUACUUCACUGGCUCCUACAACACAAACAACCUCUCCACCAACUCAAACAACACAAAAAUUUACUUCACUGGCUCCUACAACACAAACAGCCUCUCCACCAACUCAAACAACACAAAAAUUUACUUCACUGGCUCCUACAACACAAACAGCCUCUCCACCAACUCAAACAACACAAAAAUUUACUUCACUGGCUAAUACAACACAAACAACCUCUCCACCAACUCAAACAACACAAAAAUUUACUUCACUGGCUCCUACAACACAAACAGCCUCUCCACCAACUCAAACAACACAAAAAUUUACUUCACUGGCUCCUACAACACAAACAGCCUCUCCACCAACUCAAACAACACAAAAAUUUACUUCACUGGCUAAUACAACACAAACAACCUCUCCACCAACUCAAACAACACAAAAAUUUACUUCACUGGCUCCUACAACACAAACAACCUCUCCACCAACUCAAACAACACAAAAAUUUACUUCACUGGCUCAAACAAGUCCCACUCUGCUGACUUCAACAGAACAAACAACUACAUCUAAAACAACAAAACCCCCUCCAGAUAAUGUUGACAGAGUGAAUGUGACCACACAAAAUGAGAGUAGCAUUACUCUGACCUGGAACAAGGUUAACAACAUCUCAACAUACAUCCUGCGAUAUGGUAAUAUAACAGAAGAUAUUAAUAAAGCUGAAGAAGGACCCAUAGAGCAUGUGGUCACUUCUCUGACUGCUGGGACAAACUACACAUUCACUCUCUUCACGUCUGAUGGACUCAACAGCAGUGGAUACACAUUCAGUGCUGUGACAGCUCCAAAAAAUGUCCACAAUGUGACUGUGACACAAGAUGAGAACAGUAUAACUCUGAUGUGGGAGAAGGUUAACGACAUACUAACAUACAUCCUACAAUAUAACAGCGGUAAUAUUGUUACUGGCAAGGAUGACAUGGACGGAUGCACGAUAUCAGGUGCAUCAGUUACAUGUGUGGUCUCUUCUCUGACUGCUGGGACAAACUACAAUUUUACCCUCUUUACUGUGUUUGAGAACGUCAACAGCUCUGGAUACAACUUUAGUGCACCGACAGUUCCACCAGUGGUGCCUUGGGUCAGUGUGACUGAACGAUUUGCUGACAGCAUAACUCUAGAGUGGAAGAACAUGAAUGAAGCCUGGAAAUACCAGCUUCAAAUCAAUGGUGAUGUGUCAGAUAAUGUGUCAGAAAGCUCCUCAGAUACAAUCAGAAAAGUAGUGACAUCUCUUCAACCUGGAACAGAGUAUGAUUUCAACUUAACCACAGUGUUCGCUGGACUCAUCAGCACUGCUUAUGAGAAUUUCACUGUAACAGCCAUCGACUGUGCCAGUGCAGACUGGAAAGUUACCAACUCAUCAAUCAAAGCAAAGAUUGAAGGCUUGUUCUCGAACGCAACCGCCCAGUAUGGAUCUAAGUUUUAUGUCAGUGAAGGACGUGAAAAUGUGUCGUUUACUGGACUUUACCCUGGUGCCACCUAUCAGAUAUCUCUUGUCUAUGAAAAGUCUUCCAGAGUUUUCCUGCAGUGUGAACACAAAUUAACAAUUCUUCCUCCUAAUCUAAAUGCUCACUGUGAGUACUGGGCAGCUGGAUACUCUGUUCUUAUUAAAUGGACAGACCCAGAGGGCGAGUGGACCAAUGCGGAGGUGAAUGUGACUGGAAAGACUCACACAGUAGCUAGUCCUAAAACUGAGAUCACAAUCAAUGGAUUCCAACCUGCCAAAAAAUAUAAGGUGUCUGUAACUUCACUGUCUGGGGUGAGGAGGAGUUCUGAACCGCAUGUGUUUUACUGUCAGACUGAUCCAAGGGGAGUUAUUGCAGGGUCCGUAUUUGGCGUGCUUCUUUUUGGUCUCCUGGUCUGUCUGGUUAUCUUCAUUUUCCUCAAAAGACCAGAUAUUAUUAGCAGAAAGAAGUCUUCAUUCAUUGGUGGAUCCAAAGUACCAAACACACAGAGCAAAUCUAUUCCUGCUGCAAAGUUUCCUGACCACUUCCAUCAGCUGAGUUUGGAUGAGAACAGAGGCUUCAGCGAGGAAUAUGAGUGCCUCGCUCCUGUUGGAACAGACCAGACACGAAAGACUGCUAUUCUACCUGAAAACAAAGCGAAGAAUCGUUUCAAUAACGUCUUGCCAUAUGACUGGUGUCGUGUGAAGCUCACUACAUCAGAUCCUGAUGGAAUUUCAGACUAUAUCAAUGCCAAUUACAUGCCGGGCUACACCAGUAACAGAGAGUACAUUGCCACUCAGGGCCCUCUGCCCUCUACUGUUAAUGAUUUCUGGAGAAUGAUUUGGGAACAAAGAGUUAAGAGGAUCGUUAUGGUAACCAACUGCAUUGAAGGAGGGCGGACCAAGUGUGAACAAUACUGGCCUGCAGACAGCAAGCCAUGCCUUUAUGGAGAGCUGUUGGUCACCAUGAGAUCUGAGCAACAGGAGACCAACUGGACGCUGAGAGAAUUCAACCUGAAAGAUAGAAAAACCUCAGAAGAACGGACAGUUAAACAUUUCCACUUUACUGCCUGGCCUGAUCAUGGAGUCCCAGCGUGCACAGAGGUCCUGAUCCAGUUCAGAGGACUGGUGAGACAGCACAUAGAGAGAGAAGGGAGCAAAGCACCAACUGUGGUUCACUGCAGUGCUGGAGUCGGGAGAACUGGCACUAUCAUUUCCCUGGAUGUGCUGCUUCAGCAGCUGGAGAAAGAACAAGCAGUCGGCAUCAAUGCCUUCGUACACAAGAUGAGACUGAACCGACCGUACAUGGUGCAGACAGAGUCUCAGUACGUUUUUCUGCACCAGUGCAUGAUGGACAGUCUGCAACCAAAAGACACGAAUGAAGAGAACAUUUAUGAGAACACGUACGAGAACGCAGAUAUGAUAUACGUCAAUGCCACUGCCCUCCAAGAGCUCCGUCGGCAAAACGCAAAUGCGUAGUGUCAACCCUGCACUCAAUCUUUCAUGCACUUAAUGAAAAACUAUUUGUCUAUAAGCAAUAUGUUGGUUUUAAACUUAAUAAUACAAACUAUUACAUCUUAACUAUUUCUGUAUAUGCAUUGCACACUUCAGAUCUUAUUCGGUUUGAAUCUCUUAUAAAUAUGUAAUAUUAUUAUUUUUGUUGUCAUUGUUUUUAUGUGAGAAAAUAGCACUCUGAUGACUUGAAAAUGUUUAAAAAAUGAAUUUAU